AUGCAUCGGUUUCCAUUGGUGAUUCUUCUGCUGAUAAUUUGUGCCGUGAAAUGUAGAAUGGCCAAAGCAGAACAAAGUCCUGGUUCUGGGAAUGUGUACACGCUGGCUUCAGUGAGGGAGGAUUUGAUUAGGCAAGAGGAUACCAUUAUUUAUGGUCUCAUUGAGAGAGCCAAGUUUCCUUCCAAUUCUCACACCUAUGAUGCAAAGUAUGCUCAAAUCCCAGGGUUUUGUGGCUCAUUGGUGGAAUUUGUUGUUAAGAAUACAGAGGACAUUCAAGCUAAGGCUGGAAGAUACAAAAACCCUGAAGAAAACCCCUUCUUCCCUGAAAAUUUACCACCAUCAAGUGUGCCAUCUUACCCCUUCCCACAGUUUUUGCAUCCUGGAGCUGCUUCAAUUAACAUAAACAAGUCCAUUUGGAAGAUGUAUUUGCACGAAUUACUUCCAUUGCUUGCUACUUCGGGUGAUGAUGGCAACUAUGCGCAAACUGCAGCUAGUGAUCUUUCAUUAUUGCAGGCUGUAUCGAAAAGGAUUCAUUAUGGAAAGUUUGUAGCUGAGGUGAAAUUCAGGGAUGCUCCUGAAGACUACGAGCCUUUAAUUCGAGCUAAGGAUAGAGAAGGUUUGAUGAAAUUGUUGACAUUUACCAGCGUUGAAGAGGCGGUGAGGAUGAGGGUUGAGAAGAAGGCCACAGUGUUUGGUCAGGAAGUAAGUCUUGACAGUAAUGAAGACAAUGAAAAACGUAAGUUUGAUCCAUCAGUGGCUUCUCGCUUGUACAAAAAUUGGGUGAUACCUCUUACCAAAGAGGUUCAGGUUGAGUACCUCUUGCGCCGUCUAGGUUGA